CGUGGAGAAUGGGUUGAGGUCAACACAACCAUAGACUAAUAUACUAGCAUUACCAAGUAUACAUGAGCAGAAUAGUAGAGGGGACGCACUGACAGCAGCCCCCCAAGUCGUGAAAAAUGGGUUGAGGUCAACACAGCUUUAGACUGAUACAGUAUAUUACCAAGUAUACAUGAGCAGAAUAGCAGAGGGGACUACCCAAAACCAAAAUGGUAGCGCCGCUCUGGAAAUUGUGAUGAGGACUGUGUGGAGGGCCUGGGGAGAAAAAUAAAAGAGAGGAGUUAAAGAACAAUUUCAUGUGACAGAGGCAAAAGGAAACAGAGGAAGGCAGACGAGUACUGGGAGUCAUCUAUUUCUGAGGUGAAAGUAAGAAGAUGAUUUCAAUGGAGCGCUUUGCAAAGGGGCCUAGUAACAGUAAUACAACCAAUGGGGCAAGCAGCAACAAGAUUGACAAGAUUGAAGUAAUAACCGAUUCUGGGGAGGAGUCAAGUGGAAGUGAUGGAAUUCUAAACAAACCGAUUCUGGGGAGGAGUCAAGUGGAAGUGAAAAACGAACCGAUUCUGGGGAGGAGUCAAGUGGAAGUGAUGGAAUUCUAAAACGACGUUGUAUAGACAAAGUUCAUCUGAUACUGCGAAGCGAUAAACGGAACGAAGGGUGCUACGAUCCUGAGGUGGUUUCACUGGGUCCAUACCACCAUGGCAAGGUAAAACUCCAGAAGGCCGAGAACCUCAAGCCUCUGGUAGCAGAAAUGUUAGUUUCACGUUGCACUAGCCAUAAUAUGGAUGAAUUCCGUCAGAGAGUUUUGGAGAAGGUCGAUGAUGCUAGAAGCUGCUACGUCGAUGGUUCAACAGAUAAAUAUUCGAAAGAGAAAUUCGCUGAAAUGAUGUUCCUUGACGCCUGUCUCGUUCUUGCCUUUAUUGAGGCUCCAGUUUAUAAGGAUCGGAGUAUCUUAAAUAAACUUGUACCAUGCUUAGGCAUGCAGGCACUACAUGCUUCAGGCACUGAUAUAUUUAACUUACUCGAGAAUCAAAUCCCUUUUCUUGUUCUAGAGACAGUGAUGAGCUUAAAAUACCAGGGCAACGUAUGGAUGGAUGUGCUGGAUAUGUUUUGUGAUGAGCUCAUGAGUUUCGGGGUCGAGGAUUACACCGAUAAUGCCAAAGCUAGUGAGAUAUAUAAGAAGAAACCCCUUCAUCUCCUCGAAUACUUCUGGUUGCGAGAGCAUGCGUUCUACCAACCUUAUAAUACCCUCAAAUUGCGGGGUACUGCUGGAACUUCAGCCAAGCAAAGUAUCAACAAAUUCAUUUACUCUUUUCGUUCUGUCAGUGAGCUCAAGAGCAAGGGGAUCCAUGUUAGGCCUAGUGGUGUUCACUCUAGGAAGGCCGUCGAGUUCACAUCUUUCUUCUUCUUUGGAUUGCUCAAACUUCCCCCUCUGUUUUUUACUCCAGAGUGGAUCAUAAAGUGUUCAAACUUUGUAGCAUACGAGUUAGGUCUAAACGAUUGUGACAACCUGCCCACGAUGGCUUACGUGAAUUUCAUGAAAUCGCUCAUUAAUCGCCCGGAUGAUGUGAAAGAGUUGCGUUCAAAGUCUAUCCUAUUCACCACCUUCAGCAGUGAUGAGCAAGUGGUUGAGCAUUUCAAUGGCAUCAUCACUUCCGUGGCAGAGGACCUUAAGUUAUACGACGAGGUGGAAGAGCAAAUCCAGAUGUAUUAUCAUAGCAAGUUGAAGGCAUGGAUUGCCGAAUUGCUGCACAAUUAUUUUACCAGUCCGUGGACAUUCAUCGCUUUUCUUGCCGGGACUUCUCUUCUCGUCUUCACUUUCCUUCAGACCUACUUCACAAUGUACCCUCGACGAGACAGGUUUUGAUUCAAGCAAGGUGCAACGUUCAAGAAAUUAAGGGUUUAUUUUCGUUUGGAAUAUCAGUUAUCUCCAUAAGGAUGCUAUAAAUUGUGUUUAAUAUUCGCAGGCUAAAAAAAUGUUACUGUAAUAUGCAACUUUUAUGUUAUGUUAGAUAUAUUAUGUCGGUAUGAUUUGUGUA